ACACGAAGAAGAAGACAGAGGAACACAGUAGUUUCUAGAAUGUUUCCAGUCGAUCAUAUUUUUCCCUCGGACGGCUCAGUUUGCCUCGCGCUAAAACAACAAAACUAACGUUUGAUUAUCGCAGAUAACAAUGGCUCUUCCCGGGCCCAAUAAGGACAACAUCAGAGCUGGGUGUAAAAAAUGCGGAUACCCGGGCCAUUUAACCUUCGAGUGCAGAAAUUUUGUCCGGGUUGAUCCUCAGAAAGACAUCGUCUUGGAUGUUAGCAGCACCAGCACUGAGGAGAGUGAAGAUGACAUUCCUUCCUCUCAACACAACGAGAAAUUGGGACGGAAUGUUCAGCGUCAUAAAGAUUCUCAUGACGAAGAUGAAAACAAAAAAAGACAGAAAAGAAAGAAGAGCAAGGAUAGAAAACCAAGAAAAAGAUCCUUAUCAUCAAGCGAUGAAGAACCAAAAAAGAGAAAGAAACGCAGCAGAUCACGCUCCUCAUCAGACGACGAGAACAGGAAAAAGAAAAAGAAACAAAGUCACAAGAAGAAAAGCAAAAAGAACAAAAAGGAGCACGGAAAACAUCACAAGAAGAAAGAGAGAAAGAAGAAACAUAAAUCAUCAUCCUCUUCGUCAUCUAGUGACUCUUCAGAAAGUGACUGAGCCGCCUAUCCGUAAAGCCUCACGUCUGAGGUAUUUAUAGAGCAGAUUACGGCCACCAGUUUUUUUUUUUUUUUUUUUUUUAAAGAUUCUUUGUUUGCUUUUUUUAACCUGUGUCUACACACCUCUAGGUCUGUAAAUAUGGCGCCACCAUCAGUUGUUUUUCUGCUUUCUUAACUAGUUUAGACAACAUACUGUGAUCAGUUUAUAAACUGCUUCAUCAUUAUUUAUGCGCAUUGCAAUAAUCUUUAUUUAAAGCUGGUGUACAAUAUCAUUUGUGUAUCAGUGGAAACUGUUAUUCAGAGCAAGAGAAACAUUCCAUCAUAAUAAUGAUGCAGAUGUAUUUCUAUUAUUACCGUAUGUUUUAUAGUAAAAGGUCAAAUAUGAACCAAACUUCUGGACUCUAAAGUAACUGGAUUUUUGCUGUCAUGUUUCUUUGUAGUUCAAUUAUGAAGGCAUAUAACAGUAAACAAAUUUGGUUUGUGCAAAAGCUGUAUAAAAAGGACUGGUGUUGGUGUAAGCUCAACAGUCUUCAGCAGGAUAUAUAUUUUUUCCACUAAUGGUGCCCAUCUGGUCUCUAGUCCUGUGAGGAUUUAUUUAUUCCACAGACCUGAUCAAUUUUACUCAUUAGUUCUUACAGAAUUUAUCCUUUUUUUUUUACUGUCUCAUUCCUUCUUAUUAAAAAUACACAUUUUCUUUAAAAAGUCUGUUUUAAAUAUCAUAUUACAUGCAUGUGUAGUACAGACAAAAAUCAAGAGAGGGCAGCAAAAUACUUUUUAUGGUUAGUGCAGAUCUGCAAUGACACAGAAAGCUCAGGGAUGAUCCCAAAAAUCUUGUUAGUUGUUCCAAUUUAUUUUCUUUAGGAAUCCAUCAAGCCAGUUCUGUCUAACUUUAGGAGACAGUGUAAAUAAACCCAACAGGACGCCUAUAGCAACACUGUACAUGUAUAAUAGAAUAGUGAUGGUCGGUCUACCAUCACAUUAUCUCGAAAAUAGCUUAAAAGAACACACACAUCUAGAAAUACUGUUAUCUCUAGUCAAAUAAUGUUAAAAUACAAAACCAACUGGAUAAUGGUUAUCAAUAAAAUUUUGAAAUGGCU